AUGAUUUUAGAUAAGAAUUUUGAAUCUGUGAAGCGCUUAACUGCACUCUCAUUAGACCAGAAUCCUUGGAACUGUACAUGUGAACUGCAGAUUUUUCGUGACUUUGUUUUAAAACGUAAUCUCUACACACCACCAACGGCAUGUUAUUUUCCCGUGCACUUACGUGGCAUGUUGUGGGUGGAGGAUCAACCGGAAGCGUUUGCCUGUAAACCCAAAAUCAUAUAUCCAGCACGCGGUGCUUCCAUCAAUACGUCAAAAGAAAAUGUUACAUUGGUUUGCCGAGUGCAUGCUUCACCUAACACACACAUAUCCUGGGAUUAUAACAAACAAAUGUAUCGCUCCAAUGCAGUGAACAGUGCACAACAACAACGCGUACACAUCCAACUGCUACGCGAUGAACAGUCCAAAGAGAAGGAGUUCGGACGUGAUGUGUUUAUUUCACGUUUAACUAUUAUUGGAGCCGAUAAAAACGACGAGGGUAUCUACACAUGUUUAGCAGAGAACGCUGGUGGCAAAGAUGUAGUGCAAAUGAAUUUGCUGAUACAAAAGCCAGGGUCAAAGGACUUGUUAUUGCAGGGAAACUUAGUUAUUGUGAUUUGCUUAAUGGCUUUGGGAUUGCUUAGUGUGUCGGUGCUGCUCGCAUUGAUUACUUGUUGCAUUUACAAGCGUUUCAAGCAUAUUAACUCCGCGCAUCGACAUCAUCAUCAUCAUCAUUUGGAUGUUGCCGAUCAAUUAACAACUGGCCUCGAACAUACCACCACGACUGUAACGGGCGGCACUGAUGUUGUGCUUGGAGUGAGUGUAGAUGAGACAUCAACGGGUAAUUUCAAGCACCAUUUGCAAAAAACAAAUCUGAAUGGUGGCACUGGCGGAAUGGACAAAUACAGUGAAAUGAUUAAGCAUGGUGUUUCUGUGAUGGACAAUGGUUUUGUUAAUGUUGGUGCUGAUGGCGUUGAGCACCAUAAACUGCUGCUGAACGAUGCGAAAACAGGGCAUGCGGAAAAGGCGUAUUUGGAGCGAAGUACUAAAGAAACACUUCACAUAAAAUAUCCGCAUGGAUACGUGCAGACCGAAAUAAUACGAAAUACUUUAAGCAGCAGCACUGGGAGCAACAAACUAAGCAAUAAAAGGCAAACACAAGAUGCAAGUAAAGAUUUUGUCGGACGGACUGUUGAAUACCAACCGGAUCUGCUACCAGCACAUAGCACCAAAGUUAUUAGUAGUCAAGAAGGACAGCUUUAUAGUCCAAUAAAGUCAACGACAACAAUAAAUCUACAUGAGAAUGAACAUCAAUUGCAGCAACAACAACAUCAUCAUCAACAACAACAGCAACAUCAACAGCAACAACAAUUACAAGAAACCAUUGUGACGACAAGCAACGCGCCAAAAAGUAAAUACAAUAGCAACGCUCAGGCAUACCUGCAAUCAAAAUAUAGCACGAUAGCAAAUACCAAUAAACUGAGUGAAAAGUUAACCAAGCGCGAAAUUCCAGGCAUACCACUAAUGACAUCAGCUUCACUAACAGCAGCUGGAUAUGCAAAUACAACGACAGCAGCGGCGCAAGAAAGCGGUUUCACCACACGUCACAGCAAAUCACUGGCGUUGCCCGGACGCACCACUUCCACACCCACCGAAAAUAGUUACGAAUAUAGGCAACCACCACCUCCGCCAUAUAGUGCAGCACAUCGUGCAGCCGGCAGUCUGCUACUACAGCGACACACCAACUCCAACGAUGACAAGGAGAAUUGCAUCACAAAAGAUCAAGGCUAUCAGGAUUGUAAAGCUAAUGAUGUCGGAAAUGUUGGCACAACAACAGCAACAACAGUAACGGCUACGAGACAGGCAAUUGUGACCGCAUCACCAUCUUUGAAUUUCCUCACUACAACCGGCUAUACACCACGUCGACAAUUGCUGUGAUAGCAGUGACAUGAAGUGGCAUCAAACGAAGUGACGGACGAUAGUGAGAGUGAGGAGCUGUUGCAACUACUACAAUUGGAAUAUUAGCCUAGUUUGAAUAAUGCGGCUAAUACAAGUAUAAUUUAGUGCGUGUACUUCAACUGAAGAUAUUACAUUAUUGCCAGAAUUGAUUUCCCAGUAGCAAUAUAAGUGCGCCAAUGGACGAGUAACUGUGAAUUACAUAUCUGUGUGAAGCAAUGCAUUGAAGUUAUGGUAAUUUGUUGAGCAUAAUAAAGCAACUUGUCGAUUACUAACGCCAUUUAAGUCUGUACUAUGGUAAUAAGUAAAAUUGAGGUCAGAUAUUUUGUAGUACUCCUAUAUAUAUAGUAUAUAUCUACAAUUGAAAAAGUUGUAUGCCAAAUUGUUUCCGAAUGCAUGAUAAGACAUGCUGAUGUUGCAAUUUCAUGCAUUUGAACAUAAUUCAUAUUUGCAAUAAAUGCCAAUAAUAAUUUAUACUUGUAUAUAAAUAUCCUUGAGAAAAUGAGCAAUUGCAAUUUACAGCAUACACAUAUGAUAUGUUGCUUGUUCUAUUUAAUAAAUAACAAAUACUGAAGUUAGAUGCAUACGUGUAACUUACCUAUGUAUCUGGGAUAACGAAUGCAUUGAAGUUGAAACUAAAAUUAGUUGAUUGCGUUGGUAAGUAACCACGUACAUGUAUAAAUGUCAUAAGAUAUAAUCUUAAAGAGGUGUAAACUGAAUAGUUGAAUGUGAUCAGAAUGUAAGUGUAGCGCAU